ACAGUGGCUUUAAACAGGUUGUGUUUUUUAUAUUUGUUCUCGGACAUUGUUUGUGCAAAAUUGUUAAUAUCGUAAACUACCUGUUCUUUAAAAUUCUGCAUUAGACAGUGUAUGUGUCAAAAUACCACACACUGGUAGUGUUUAUAGCCUAUACCGAUUUGGAGAACUUUAUUGUAAUUAUUUAGUAAACCUUUGGAGUUGUAGGAUAUUUAAACUAGACUGUUGAGCAAAGAUCUUUCAAUAGAACAUUUUUAGAUGGGUCAAAUCUGGAGAGGUGUUUUCAUGGAGAAAAUGCGUUCAGAGGUGAAGCAACAACAUUACCCCACCCUAAGCAUCAUGAAGAGGCUUCACUCUCACUAUGUGUAGCAGAUACUUGAACUACUCCACGCCCAUUAUGAACAGCAAUGAAAUGACAGCUUCUUCGUUGACAAUGGAGCAGAAGGCAGCCUUUGCAUUUGUGGGGAUGCUCUUCGUUUUCCUGGGACUCCUGAUUGUCCGAUGCUUUAAGAUCUUGCUUGACCCCUACAGCAGCAUGCCUUCAUCGACAUGGGCAGACGGGGUGGAAGGACUUGAGAAGGGGACAUUUGAGUAUGUCCUUACAUAACACAAUGGAAACAAACAAAACAACAUUGCUGAUUUACAGAUCAUGUUUCGGCCAUUAGCUACAAUAAAACACAAUGCUGCAGGUUCAUUAGGCUUUUAAUGGACUGUGAGCUUACAACUGUAUCACCAUUUAUCUAUUUACUCACAAAUCACUGGUAAGGCAUACAUAUGCAUCCCUUGUUACAGAAAACCAGGCACUAUCAUUCUAAGUAUCUAUUAUGUAAAACUAUCAGUACUAGUUACAGUAUUUAAUAGUAUUCUCAGGAAAAUGUUUGCUGUAUUAAACAAAACAAAGAACAAAAACACAAAUAAUACUUAAUACCUUAUGGACAUAUGUUUAUUGUGUAUUGGUGUGAGGGUAAACUUAAAGGCUCAAUAUCUCGUAUGAGUAAAAAAAAGCUUCAAACCAAUGUUGAAAUUAUCAUCUGUAGGUGUUUCCUGAUAUAUAUAAAUAUAUAUAUAUAUAUAGAGAGAGAGAGAGAGAGAGAGAGAGAGAGAGAGAGAGAGAGAAUUACAGGAACAUGCCUAUUUGUCUCAAGUAAAAUAGUGAAAAGUAGGUUUCAAGAUGGGGAAUAGGAAUACGUGCUUAUAGCUAAAACUACCUGUAAGGGAUUUAAACAAACUGGACUGUCAACAAGGUUUACCUAAAAAAAAGGCUAUCUUGUAACAUUCAUCAUGAUUGUGUGGCACUGCAGCUUUAACUGUUUAAAGUCUACAAAAAUUGCAAUCAUUCUUAGAAGUGAAUUCUCAUCAGAUUACAACUUUAAUGAUGACAAGUUUUUAUUUGUUUUAUUUUCACAGACCCCUCAAUGCAUGACCUUGAGAGUGGCUGCGGGUUGGGUGGGAAAGCACAUUGUAUUUAGAUUUGGAUUUCAUUAUGACUUGUAAUAUAUUAGCAAACUACUUUGCAAUUACCUACACUCUCCUAUUUCAACAGACGAUAUUAGGAGCGUGUUGAAGAUAUAUGUACUGUACUUUGCUACCGGUUUUGAUG